CAGCAGGUUUCCACUGUUCUGUGCGGAAGAGGAUUUUUCGCGUGUGGUAGCUCUCAGUCUAUUUUCAGCUGCCUCGAACAAUUUUCAAGUUAAACAUGUGCAACGGCUGUGUGCAAAAAGAAUACCCAGACCGGGGUAACACUUGUCUGGAGAACGGUUCUUACCUGAUGAACUACCUGGGCUGCGCGAGCUGCCAUCAGAGGGACUUUGUGCUCAUCAGCAACAAAGCCACCGAGGAUGAGGACGGAGAGGAGAUCGUCACAUAUGACCAUGUUUGCAAAAAUUGUGACCAUGUUGUGGCCAGGCAUGAAUAUACUUUCUCCGUCGUCGAUGAAUACCAGGAGUACACUAUGCUGUGCAUGCUGUGUGGAAAGGCGGAGGACUCGAUCAGUGUGUUGCCAGAUGACCCCAGACAGUCUGCACCUCUCUUCUAGAUCUCAAACUUGUCGAGAAUCAAUUUUUAUUGAAGUGUCACCAUCACGGAUGUGUUUCUUGCAUCAGGGUUCCAACCCUUUUUUUUAAUCCUCCAUUCAAGGUUUUAUACAUUUCUUAAAUCAAAUACACAAUAAUGUAAGUCCUCGCAUGGAUUUCAAAUGAGCAAUACCUAUAAUGUUUUAUUAUACCCCAGGGAGCAACAAAUAUUGUGAAUUUGAAUUAAAUUUACUGUAAAUAAAAACCUCUAUUAAGAAUUGUUGUGCAAUCUGCAUUUUACACGUCCUUCUUUGCUAGACCCAAAAGGGAAAGAUUUACAGUUAAAAUAUUUUUAAACAAAAGUAUAUAUUUUUGCUCAUGUGGUUCAUGUAAUUUAUUUUGCCCCCCAUAAAUAGUGGGGUUCAUAGCCACCAAACAGAAUGGAGUUAUGUGAAACAAUUGGACCCAGUCUUUAUAGUUCUGACUUUAUUUGUGACUGUGCUUCGAGAUGUCAUAUAUAAUAUACUUAUUACUGUAAGUCGCUUUAGAUAAAAGUGUCAACUAAAUUACAUGUAAUGUAAGAUCAACUUCAUUCGCGACCGGCAUUCGCGAAUGGCAGAUUAAAAAAGAAAAACUUUCCAUAAGAUCACAAAUUAACUGUUAAAAAUACAUUUGUAAACUAACAUAUACAGGAAGCCCCAUUAGGUGCUCAGAACAAAAUAGAGCAGCUACUUAUUGCAAUAUUUUGUGAUUGUUUUUCUUUAUUAAAUUGCUUGUCAUUUCAACAUCUGGA